AAAGUGAAAUAGAUUCCUUUAGUUCUACUAAAGCUAAGUCCGCAUUAUUUCACCUGGAUUUCUGAGACUUAUACUUAGCCAUGUGAGUAGGUGGUGUCAUAUUGGCUAGAUACCUAAUUUAUCAUUCCGUUAGGGUGCCUUUAGGCGACACUCUUUAAAUUCAGCUAACCCUCUAUUUCAUAGAUACCCAUGUUCUUAUGCUAGCGUCAUUUGCGUACAGCAGCUAAAAGACGAAAAAUAUAUCGAGCGCCAGCAAGGCGGAAGCCUUCGAACAAUUGAAAACCACGGAUUGUAUGUCUAACAUAAAGGUUUGGUUAGGUACGGCGACUGUAACCAACGAGAUUUUGUGUGAACUGUUCCAUAGGAACGUAGACACACAUAUUUAUUAGCCAAUUCUUAACGUACAUACAUACUUCUUCAUGCAGCACACAUUAGCAAAUAUGAGCAAAUGUUGCAGAUCUUUCCGGAGCCCUCGUUUGAUCAAACCAAAACAUGGCGUUUCGGUUCAUUUGGUGAUCAUCCCUGCAAACGGGCAUGUCACAGUGACCAAAAGCCAAUGACAUGCUACUACUACCUCAUCAUACACAACGAUGAGAUCUUCAAUCCGAGCUGUGAACGUUAUCUCGAUCAACAAUUCCGUUUUAGGGUUAACGGACGAGAAUACAUAGACACAUUUGCAGUAAAGAAAUUCGACGGAUUUGAUGAUUGCAAAUACGGUGACGGUGAGCAGAUGGGAGUGCAGGUCGUCAACGGCCAAUUGCCGGGACAAACAAUUGAGGUGUGUCAGGGUGAUACCAUUGUGGCCGAUGUUAUAAAUAGUUUGCACGACAUUACGACUUUGCAUUGGCAUGGCUUGCAUCAGCUGAAGACGCCACAUAUGGAUGGUGUGCCGUAUAUUACACAGUACCCCAUAGAGCCAGGCCAAGCAUUUCGUUACAGCUUCGAGGCGGAUAAUUUUGGUACACAUUGGUGGCAUAGCCACGUUGGUCAUCAGCGUGGACGUGGCAUAGCCGGUGCUUUGGUGGUGAGACAAGCACCAUCGGAAGAUAUGCAUGGCGCUCUUUAUGACUUCGACCAUUCGGAACAUACAAUUAUGCUACAAGAUUGGUUGUACGAUGGUGAAAAGUCGGCAUUUCCGGCAAAUAUACUAAUUGAUGGUGUGGGGCGUAAAGCUGACGGUAGAACUAAAAAUAAGUCACCAACUCUCUACGCUACAUAUACGGUUUUGCGUGGUGGCAGAUAUCGGUUUCGUGUAAUCUUUAACGGUAUUGCUAACUGCCCGAUAAGCAUGAGCAUUGACAAUCACGAACUAAUCGUCAUCUCCAGCGACGGCAAUGACAUUGUACCCGUCAAAGUGCGGAAGAUCACACUGCAUGGCGGUGAGCGUUUCGACUUUAUCUUGCACGCCAAUCAAAAGGUCGAAAACUAUUGGAUACGCGUAAAGGGUUAUGCUUUCUGCAGUACUAAUAAGGUACACCAAGAGGCCAUACUGCACUACGAUGGCGCGAAACAGCGUACUCUACCCAAAGGGAAGAUAUCUUAUGAGUAUGAACCUAACGGCAAGGAACUCAACCCAAUCAAUCAGCCACCUACUGCCGAUAACAAUUUAUUGACAAUCGCCGACCUGGAGGCAUUAGAAAGACGCUCCACUAGAGCAACUAUCCCCUAUCGCACUUACUAUACCAGCAUGAGUAUUCGCAAGUUCGCCAAUGAAUUUUUGUUCCAGAUGGAUGAAAUUACAUUCGCUUUGCCACCGCGUAUGUCUCUUUUGCAAUCCCGUAAUCUCGGUGUGGAGCAAUUUCUUUGCAACAAGACACAACAAGCCACACUGGGCUUAGAUUGUCGUGGGGAGACACACUGUAAAUGUGCCAAUAUUAUCGAGGUGCCGGCAUUUAAACAUAUAGAAUUUGUUAUUUCAAGUACCAGUGAGACGGCGCAUCCCAUACACUUACAUGGUUACACAUUUCGCGUGAUCGGUAUUGGCGUACUCGGCGCUGAUAAAAUAAACCAGAUUGAAGAAAUUGAUCGUCGUACUCCGCUACCACGCCGAGAACGUGCCGCACCAAUUAAGGACACAGUUCAAGUGCCUGCCUUCGGUUAUACCAUAAUUCGUUUCUAUACAGACAAUCCCGGCUAUUGGAUUUUGCAUUGUCAUAUAUCUACGCACUCAGAAAUGGGCAUGGCGGCAGUUAUACGAGUUGGAGACCAUAAGCAAAUGAAGACCUGUCCCGUGAGCAACUGUGGUCUCUGUAAAUCUGUACUUUAA